CCCACGGCUUCACAGAGGCCUUUUCCUCUCCUCCCCCAGAGGUGGCUUGUGAAGGACCAGCUUGGGGAGCUCAAAGUUCAGGCAGGCCCCCCCAAGAAAGACCGAGAGGCCAAGGGAGUAAGGUGGGGUGGAGUGGAGAGGAGGGGAGACAGUCCCGUGGGCUCCAAAUCAGAAGCUCAUUUCAUGCAUCAGUCCCCAGGGCUCAGCUUCCGCCAGCAGCUUCCCCUUAGGUCCCGGCCCUGGUCACCCACGACAGCACUGGGGGCACAGCCCAUCUCGGGGCAGGUCCUCGGGUCUCCAAGCCACAAUGCUCCUGCCCCUGCUGCUGUCCCUGCUGCUAGGCGGGUCCCUGGCUUACAACCUGAGGUCAAGCUACAAGCUGCACGUGCCUCAGCCGGCCGUGACGGUGCAGAGGGACAUGUGCGUCCUGGUGGCCUGCACCUUCUCCUACCCCCGGGACAGCUGGACCGACGCCACCCCGGCUUACGGCUACUGGUUCAUAACGGGGACCAACGCAGACUGGGGUGUCCCGGUGGCCACCAACAACCCUGACCGGGAGGUGCAAGCGAGUACCCGGGGCCGGUUCCAGCUGCUGGGGGACCCCCACAACAAGAGCUGCUCCCUGCUGAUCAGGGACGCACAGGAGCAGGACGGCGCGGAGUACUUCUUCCGGGUGGAGAGAGGGCCCAAAGUGAGAUUCAAUUACCUGAGAGCGUUCAGGCUGACAGUGACAGAGCCGACUCAGAGGCCGGAUGUCUACAUCCCCGAGAGCUUGCAGCCGGGGCAGCCGGCCACGGCCAUCUGUGCGUUUAACUGGAUCUUCCCAGAGUGCCCGGCCCCGACCUUCUCCUGGACGGGGGCUGCCCUGUCCUCCGGAGGGACUGGAACACCGACCUCCUACUCAGUGCUCACCUUCACGCCCAGACCUCAGAACCACGGCACCGACCUCACCUGCCGAGUGGACUUCUCUGGAAAGGUUGUGAGCACCCGGACCAUCCGACUCAGCGUGGCCUAUGCCCCCAAGGACCUUGUCCUGCACAUCUCCCGGGACAACACGUCAGCUCUGGAGCUCCAGGAAAAUGUCCGAAGUGUGGACGUCUGGAAAGGCCAGUUCCUGAGGCUCCUCUGCACUGCUGACAGCAACCCCCCGGCCACGCUGAGCUGGGUCCUGGAGGACAGAGUCGUCUCUUAUUCCCGCCCUUCAAGCCCGGGGGUCCUGGAGCUGCCCCGGGUGGAGGCUGGGGACUCGGGGCUGUACACCUGCCGGGCUGAGAGCAGGCUUGGCUCCCGGCACCGUUCCCUCGUCCUGUCUGUGCUGUACCCGCCAGAGGACCUGAGGGUGAUGGUUUCCCAAGCAAACGGGACAGGUAGGAGCAACAAGGAGGGCAGGGCCUCCCGCCAGUGGGCACAGGUGGCGAGGAGUGGCUGGGUGCUCCCAGCCCUGGAGGGCCAGAGCCUGCGCUUGGUCUGUGUCGCCCGCAGCAACCCCCAAGCCAGCCUGAGCUGGGCCCUGGAGAACCAGACCCUGGAUCCCUCCCAGCCCAGGGACCCUGGGGUCCUGGAGCUGCCUCGGAUCCAAAGGGAGCACGAAGGAAGAUUGACCUGCCAGGCCCGGAACGCGUGGGGCUCCCAGCAGGUCUCCCUGCACCUCCAAGUGCAUUACCCCCUGCAGCUGCUGGGUCCCUCCUGCUCCUGGGAGGCCCAUGGGCUGCGCUGCAGCUGCUCCUCCAGAGCUCGCCCGGCCCCCUCCCUGCGCUGGCGGCUCCGGGGGCAGCUGCUGGGGGGGGAGAACAGCGAGCGCCCCUUUUUUAGCUCCGCGGGCCCCUGGGCCACCGGCUCCCUGAGCCUCCGCGGGCCGCUCAGCUCGGACCUCAGGUUCAGCUGCGAGGCCCGGAACGCCCACGGGGCGCAGAGCCUGGUUGUCCUGCUGCUCCCAGAUAAGGGAUCCCUCUCCACGGCGCUUUCCAACGGCGCGUUUCUGGGAAUGGGCGUCAUGACUCUCCUUCUCCUCUGCCUCCUCCUGAUCAUCAUGAGGAAGAGAGAGACCCAGGCACAGACCUCGAGGCCGGCGUUCUCCCGGGCCAGCACCAUCCUGGACUACAUCAACGUGUUCCCCAAAGCCGGUCCCCUGGCUCGGAAUCAGAAGGCCACACCGAGCAGCCCUUCCCGGCCCCGUCCGCCAAAUGCUCCCUCUCGGGAUCCAAAGAAGAACCAGAAGGAGUUGCCUCUUACCUCCCUCAGCGGCCCCGGAGCCAGGCCAUCGGCUGCAGCCCCGGAGCCCAGGACCAGCCAGGACGAGCUCCAGUAUGCCACUCUCAGCUUCCCAAGCCACAGGCCCAGGGAGACCCACAGGCCCAGGGACAGCCACUCGGAUUAUGCCGAAAUCCAUUUCCACUGAGGGUCUCGGGCUUGAGGACAGGACCUUGGCCAGAUGACAGAGCAAUGAAGAGGACGAGGAGAAGAGUCCAGCCCCUCUGGUUUUCAAAUCCUGCAAGGGUGGUCCUCCAUCCCAGGCCCGAGCACUUGGAGCAGGUUCGCAGGUCUGUCUGAGUGGCCGUCUCUGGAUGCAGCGUCUGAGAAGCUGGGCCAUCUCCCUCUGACAGAUGCAGGCAGACGGCUGCUGACUCCGUCUCAGAGUCUCAACGGAGGGCGCGCUUUUAAAGAUGACUGAGCAGGCCUGUCCCCACGGCUCGCUGGUUAAGGGAGCUCCAUCCCACGUGACUAACUAUGCAGUCUGAAUCCUAGCCCCGCCUGCUUGGAAAACACACCAGGUGCGUGUGUACGUGUGCCCAAGAUCCCGAGAGGAGGGAGAGAUGGAGGAGGGUCCGCUGUGCGAUCGCUCCCCGGGGCUGCUGUCUCACUGCCCCUCUCUCUGGCAAGUGUAAAUGCCCUCUGACAAAAUUAAAAGAAAAA